CCCCCCCAGGCUUUCCCACUCAUCAUUAUGCGUUCUCUCGCCAUCCUUCCCCUUGUCACCGCCGUCGCCAUGGCAGACAGGCUCCUCAACCCCGCUCCCCAGGUAUUCUUCCCGGACCCCGACGAUGCCCUUCACCCAGAUUGGCCACACAGACAGUCCGCGCUUGGCUGGGAUACCUUGGGCCGCAUAAACGGCGAUGUCGCCAUUGGAGGCGGUGUCGGCUCUUGUGGAGGUGUCUGCGUCUUGACUCCAGAGGUCAUGGAGGGUCCAUUCUAUCUUGAUUACCAUAUCGAACGCAGCAACAUCACCGAGGGUUUGCCCGGUAUCCCACUGACCCUCGUCUUCCACGUCUUCUCCGUCUCUUCUCACCUUUCCGACCCUACUCUCCCGCACUCCACAUGCGAGCCUCUUCCCAGCGCUUGGAUUGACAUUUGGUCAUGUGACGCUGUAGAUGGCGUCUAUUCUGGGUAUGGUAAAGCUGCAGAAGGGCCAGGACCUGGUGGACCUGGUGGACCAGGCGGACCAGGCGGGCCACGCAAGGGACCCCAUGGCCCAGGCGGACCGGGCGAUCAUGACCGUCCUAUGCAUCAAGAGCCUAUCAAUAACUCGACCUUUCUUCGAGGUUUCCAACAGACCAACGAAGACGGCAUCGCCACGUUCCACACUAUUUACCCCGGAUGGUACCCUGGGCGUACUGUCCAUCUCCACCUCAAGACGCAUCCCCCAUCUUGGGGCCACCACCCCGAUUCAUCCAACGCGACGCAUGCGCAUACUACGCAAAUCUUCUUCCCUCAAGAAAUGAACGACCGCGUGGCCAAGCACCCUGUGUACGCCCCGAAUGGGGCCAGCAGGGUUCCCAAUGACAGGGACGGGUUGUUUAAUGAAAUGAAGGGGGCGAGUAUGGCCAAGAUUGAGUAUGCUGGGGAAGAUUUGGAUGAGGGUAUUAUUGCGCAUGUGGGUUUAGGAAUUGAUAAAUGGUGGUAAAUAGAAAAGCCAAAUGCUUUUGCGUAAUAAAUGUAUCGAAAGAGCCGUUCUAAUUAUCUGUUUUUAUUUUAAUUUAUUUUUUAAUUUCCAUACCGUACGAUGAAUUGUCAUGCUGCUGUCAAAAACUUUUCAAACCGACUAGAAGAUAACAACAAGGAACAAGAAUGAAAUGCAAAGGAAAAAAGGGGUAUGCUCAAAACUCGACCUCUUCCCAAUUGUUAAACUCGAAUCCAUCCUCC